CAGAAUUGUCAUUUGUCAUGUUGCUGCAGUAAUCGUUUCGCGACUUUUGUUUUCUUGUCUCAAAAUAAUUCCGAUUAAGUUCACGUGUUCAACUAUCUUAGUUAAAAUCAAGUAACGCGAUUGUAAUACAUUAGUUAAAGUUAUUGUGAGUAAAUUUCGGUUGUGGUACAUGUGCGUACGUUCACAACAAUGGAGAACCUUGAUCUUAGCAAUAACAAGAACGUGUCUCUCAGUUUGAUAGCUGAGUACGGUGGUUCAGACUCGGAUUCAGACGACACAGAGACUCGUUCGAAUGAGAAUACCGGGAACGAUGAUUCUGAUGCUGCGGAACUUAGUGAAAUGGUGUUGAAGAAUAAUAUAAUAAAUGCGUGUGCUCACGGGCCGUUGUCGAGGCCGCGAGGGGUGGACGAGGCGGAUGUGAGCAGGCACAUGAUCAUCGACAGCGCGGAGAGCGGUGUGGUGGAGUACGAGGUGACGGAGUACCGGGACGCGGACAGCGAGUCCGACAGCGACUCCUCCAGUGACUCCAGCGACAGCGACGUCGACUCCGUCAAGGACAUCGAUGAGGUCUCCAGUGGAGAUGAAUUCGAAGGCCACAGCAGAACUACCAAACCAGAAGCCCCAAAGGUGAAUGGAGAACUGGGCAUUGAAGACCUGCCGCCUAUAGAGGACCUUGCCAUCAGUCUGCCCGCCCAGGAGACCACGAAGAUCGGAACCAUUGCCAGUAUAGUUGAUAGAUUAGUUAUAGUUCGCGCAUUGCCAGAGACACCAGCCGUUAACUUAGACAGCGUGCUGUUCCUUGAAAAUGGCGCCAAAGCCCUUGGACGGGUAUUCGAUGUAUUUGGACCUGUCACAGAGCCUCACUACUGCGUACGGUUCAACUCGUCCGAGCACGUCCGCGAGCGCGGCGCGCAGCCCGGCAUGGACGUGUUCAUCGCGCCCAUGAGCCAGCACACUAACUACGUGUUCCUCUCUGAACUCAUGAAAAUCAAAGGUUCUGACGCAUCAUGGUUACAUGAUGAAGAGCCUCCACCUCAUCAAGUCGACUACUCAGAUGACGAGGAGGAGCGCAGAGCAAACAGAGCCAGGAAGGAACAGAGAAGACAAGAGAACAGAACAGAAGACUCAGAAGACGGUGAGACUUCCAAAAACACAAGAAAAGUCCCGGAGAGGCGCAACCAAAGACCCUCAGAGUCCAGCAGCCGGUUCGGCAGCGGGCCCAGCAGGGGGCGCAACCCCUUCUGCGCCGGCUCGCGGCGGAGCAACCCGCCGGGCGCAUUCCCCCGCGCGGGGCGACCCUGGCCCGCCAGCCUGGCCACGCGCGCGCCGGGGCCCGACGCGGGCUGGGCGCCGGGCUGGGGCUGGGCGGGCCGGGCCCCGGCGGGGGCAGGCCGGGCCCCGGCGGGGGCGGCGGGGGGCUGGCCGACGCGCUUCCCGCCGCCGCCGCUGCUGCUGCCGUGGGGCGCUCCCGCCUGGCUCAACACGGCGCCGCCGCCGCCGCCCCCCACAUAG